AUGCCCACUGACCAUAAAAGCCUUGCAAAUAAUAAUAUUCAAAUCCAUCUUCUUAAACAAUUUGUUUGUUAAUCACUCACACCACACCACACCACCCCAUCUAAAUCAAAGUCAAAUAAUGACUCAUUCUGCAGUUCUACUUCUAUGGCUGCCUCAUCUUUAGACUAUUCCAUACGUUUUACGCACAAAUUUCAUUCUUUUUAGACCAAAUCCACCAAACCCAGUUCACAAGAUCUUUUCUUUUUAUGAAAGAUGAAGGAUUCAAGGAUCUUGAGCUUGAUAUUCAUGUCUGUUGUUGUUUUUGCUGCUACUGCAGUUUCUGAGGAUGAUGUGAAGUGCUUGGAGGGUGUCCAGGCUUCGCUUGGCGACCCAGAGGGGAAGCUAAGCUCUUGGAGCUUCGCAAAUAGUUCAGUCGGUUUCGUCUGUGACUUUGUUGGUGUCUCGUGCUGGAAUAUCCGUGAAAACCGGAUAAUCGAGCUCCAACUUCGCGAAAUGGAACUUUCAGGACAAGUUCCGGAAUCGUUGCAGUACUGUCAGAGCUUGCAGAAGCUGGAUCUUUCAUCUAACAAACUCUCAGGUAGUAUUCCUCCCCAGAUCUGUACCUGGAUGCCAUACUUGGUGACUCUGGAUUUGUCUAGCAAUGAUCUUUCAGGUCCUAUACCUUCAGAUCUGGUAAAGUGUAUUUAUUUGAAUACUCUGAUAUUGUCCGAUAAUCGGUUAACGGGGACUAUACCACCUGAGUUUGUAAGUUUAGGUAGGCUGAAGAGGUUUUCAGUUGCGAAUAAUGAGCUUACUGGUACUAUCCCAUCCUUCUUUGAUGGAUUUGAUUCCGCAGAUUUCACCGGGAAUAAUGGACUUUGCGGGGGGCCUCUUGGAAAGUGUGGUGGAAUGAGCAAGAGGAAUCUUGCAAUUAUUAUAGUUGCCGGAGUGUUAGGUGCGGCGGGAUCUUUAUUGUUGGGUUUUGGGGUGUGGUGGUGGUACCACUUGAAGUAUUCUAGGAAGAGAAAGGGUGGGUAUGGGAUUGGAAGAGGGGAUGAUAGUAGUUUUGUUGAGAGAUUGAGGAAACACAAGCUUGUUCAAGUUUCUUUGUUUCAAAAGCCUCUUGUCAAGGUUAAAUUGACUGAUUUGUUGGCAGCCACAAACAAUUUCAAUCCAGAAAAUGUUACAUUCUCAACUAGAACCGGUACUACUUAUAAGGCUGUUCUUUCCGAUGGAUCAGUUCUCGCAGUCAAGAGGCUUAAUGCUUGUAAGCUUGGGGAGAAGCACUUUCCUUCAGAAAUGGUGCGAUUAGGACAGCUUAGGCACCCAAAUUUGGCACCUCUUUUGGGGUUUUGUGUUGUGGAGGAUGAGAAGCUUCUGGUCUAUAAGCAUAUGUCUAAUGGGACUUUGUAUUCUUUGUUGCACGGAAAUGGUACUCCAUUAGAUUGGCCAACCAGAUUUAGGAUUGGUUUGGGUGCUGCUAGGGGUUUAGCGUGGCUUCACCAUGGGUGCCAACCCCCAAUUUUGCAUCAGAACAUAUGUUCCAAUGUGAUUUUAGUUGAUGAUGAUUUUGAUGCUAAGAUUAUGGAUUUUGGAUUGGCGAGGCUUAUGUCUUCUUCGGAUUCUAAUGAGAGUAGUAGUUAUGUCCAUGGCGAAUUAGGUGAAUUGGGUUACAUAGCGCCGGAGUAUUCAAGCAUCAUGGUUGCUUCACUUAAGGGGGAUGUGUAUGGGUUUGGGGUAGUGUUACUGGAGCUUGUGACAGGGCAAAAGGCGCUUGAGGUUAGUUUUGCUGAAGAAGGAUUAAAGAGUAAUUUGGUGGAUUGGGUUAAUCAGCUCUGUAAUUCUGGUCGAUCUAAGGGUGCAAUUGACAAGGCUCUUUGUGGAAAGGGACAUGACGAAGAAAUCUUGCAGUUCUUAGUAAUUGCAUGCAACUGUGUGGUUGCAAGGCCAAAGGAUAGAUGGUCUAUGUACCAGGCUUACCAAUCACUAAAGAACAUGUCUGAGGAUCAAGGGUCGUCUGAACAGUAUGAUGACUUUCCACUUGUUUUCCAGAAGCAAGAAAGUGAAUCAGUUCAGCUUUAAAGCAAAAUGAAAGAGCACGAUGGAGGCAAGGAUUUUCCAUGAAUUUUGUGCACCUGGGCAGUAAGUUCUCAAUGUCCCUUGAUGUAAAUGUCUCUCAAUUUCUAUUUUUAGCUGCCUUGUCCAUUUGUUGUAUAUUGCUAUCUGAUGCUAUGAACUCCUCAAAACUGCGGGCUCUUGGAAUUUGUUGUUCUAUAUUUCUGGUGCUUUUUGGCAAGUAAGAUAAUAAAGUAUGACAAAGGGGUAAUCAAAAUUGGAAUAUUGCUUGA